CAACAAGUUGUCAACAAACAAGAAGAAGGCCAACCGCAACGGAGCCAGUGGGCAGACAAACAAAGCCACACCCACUUCUGCUCAGGACAAGGUGUGAAGGAGAGAUGGGUGACAUUUCCAUGUCCGUUGUGCGGGCUGCUGGCACCUUCUCGGCCCACCAUGCCAGUGUCCGCCGUCGCGGCAGAGUGCCGGACAAGAUCAAGUUUGACGAGACUAAUGAGGACGGAACGGAAGAGAAGACGGAGAUGGAUCUGAAGCAGUUCAUGAAACGAUUCAACAUGCACCCCUCUCCCAAUGAGUCGGAGCCAACAGACGCCUACGGCACACUUCGCUUCCCCGGCAAAAACACCUCGGCGCCGUACCUCCGCUUGUCGGUGAACGACAAUCCAGAGGAUGCCCUGCUGUUCGUCAAGGGAAUGCUGACGCAGAAGUACGGCGAGACAUACGACCGCCCCAGCCUGAUCCUCAGUGUCACCGGUGGUGCUCGCAACUUCACGCUCCCGCCACGCCUGGAGACGGCCAUUGCCAAAGGUCUUCGCCUUGCCGCACAGCGCACCAACGCCUGGGUCGUCACCGGCGGCACAAACACCGGUGUGAUGAAACUGACUGGCCAGAUUAUGGAGGCCCUCUCCAAGACGCAGUCCCACUUCAUCCCGCCAACCAUCGGCAUCGCGACGUUCGGCGUGAUUGUUGGAGGGGCAGACCUCUCUGCGACCGGCUCGAACGAGCCGCCCAAGCGUGACCACUUGUUUGACAUCACCAAGAAGGACGGCUUCAAAGCACCGCUCGAUCCAAACCACAACCUGUUUAUGCUUGUGGACGACGGCACGACCGAGUUUGGCCGGGAGAUUACAUUCCGCGCCGCAUUCGAAAAGGCUGCCGCCACUGCUUUCGGUGCGCCCGUCAUCACCAUCGUCGUGCAAGGCGGACCGGGCACGCUCAACACCGCCCUUCAAGCCGUUCGGCAGGGCACACCGAUUGUCGUUGUUGACGGCUCUGGCCUUGCUGCUGACGUUCUUGCAUACGCAUACAACUUCAUGCACAACCCACGGUCUCGGUUCACCUCGUACACGAUUGAGGACCUGAAGACGAUGGUGAAGAACACGUUCAACACGGGGGACGAUGACGCCAAAUUGACGCAACUGCUCGAUAAAGCCCUCGAAUGCGUCUACGAUCCGAACUUGGUGGUGGUGUACAGCCUGCAGGAGAGCGGCAUUGACGAGUUUGACGACUGCAUCCUCAAGGCCAUCUUCUCCAGCCACGGCACCCUCAAGAACAAACUCAAGCAAGGUGGCUUUGAUGAGAUUGAGUCAUGCAUCAACGACAAUUUGAUGGCAGCGCUGACGCACAACAAACCGCACUUUGUUGAGCUGUACCUCAGCUAUGACGCCAAAAUUUGGAGGCUUGAACCGACAAACAAGAAAAUGAUGGAGCGAGCUGCCGACAACGCACCAAUUGCUCAGCAUAACCGUGUCCCCAAGUUCGUCCUCGCCAUCCAGGAACUCUACGAGAAUGAGGCAAAGCGGCCCCACAGUCACGUGCAAGUGCUGGCUGGCCAAGACGGUGCGGACAUGGGUACCAGCAACGGCAACAACACGAGCGCCAAUGCCAAGCACCGCGUCAGCCGCCACCCAACGCUGAAGCGCCGAGAUAUGCGCCCGCCGUAUUGCGUGGAGCGCAUGGAGGAGAUCCUGUCUCGUCUCGUGUCCAAGGACUUCAGCGUUGAUCGCGACUACUCCAUCUACCCCGACGACGCGUUCCCAUCUUCAACCCGCGACUCUGCUCCAGAGACCGCCGCCACAUCAAUUGCUGACACCAACGUGGACGAGCCGGGCAACCCAUAUCGCAUGGGAUCGCGCGCCGGCUCUCGCACGUCGAUCGUCACCCCAAUAGCGCCGCUGGCAACGGAGAACGAAGCAGAGCGUGAGGUGCAGCGCGAAGCCGUUGCCUCCCACAUCCUCUUCCUGUGGGCGGUCUGCUUGGACAAGUACCGCAUGGCGCACAUGUUCUGGCGUCGCGGCGACCAGUCGAUCAUCAACGCGCUGGUGGCGAGCCGCAUCCUGGAGCGGCUCAGUACCCACCGCGCACUGCAGGGGCCACACCUCGCCGAAGAACGCGCCAAGAUGAAGAAGACUUCCAAGAAGUUUGAGAAGCUUGCGGUUGGCGUGCUCGAGGAAUGCCACAACGCCGAUUCACGUCGCGCGGCAGAGAUGCUGCACUCCAGGAACGACAUGUUCAACAAGAAGAACGCCAUCAGGAUUGCGUAUGAUGCCAACAGCUUGGCUUUCCUCUCGCACACAGCGACGCAGAGCGUGAUCAACUCUGACUGGUACGGACAACUCAAGUCCGUCACGUCAUUCAUCACGGUUCUUCUUGCGUUCUUCUUCCCAUUCUUCAUCCUGCCCUUCAUCCACUUCCAAGACGACAAGAAAGAUGAGACGCAGCAGACCGACAGCCGUGACUACUUUGACACGGGCGAGCAGGAUGAAGCAGCACACGCCACCACGUCCCCUGCACACACACUGCGCCGAAAGUUUGCCAAGUUUUACGCCGCCCCGUACACGCGAUUCCUGUCAGAUCUGCUGUCCCAUCUUGCGCUGUGCAUCCUGACCUCAUACUUCGUCCUCGACAACCUCAACGACACCAUCAGCGUCAUUGAGUGGAUUCUCCUCGUCUGGUUUGUCGCCCUCAUCCUUGAAGAGCUCAGACAGAUGAUCUUCUUCGAUGGGUUUGCGGAGUACAUUUCCGACACGUGGAACCGCCUUGAUCUCAUCAUGAUCACCCUCUUCUUUGCCGGCUUCGGUGUUCGCGUUGCUGACCCAAGCGACCGCGAGAACAAGUAUGCGUCCAAGGGCAUCCACGCGUUUCUGGUUGUGGUGCUGUGGCUGCGCUUCAUGCGCUACUACGCCCUCAGCAAGAACCUCGGCCCCAAACUCAUCAUGAUGAUCGAGAUGAUCAAGGACGUCACAACAUUCAUCUUCCUCCUCAUCAUCUUCCUCAUUGGCUACGGUAUCGCUGCACAAUCGCUGCUGUUCCCGGACGAGCCCUUCUCCUCCCAGACGGUCAUCAAUGUGCUCUUUAAACCGUACUUCCAGAUCUAUGGCGAGCUGUUCUUGGACGAUCUUCAGGCAGACGCGGGCUGCGUCUCCAUCUACCCUUUCACAGGCUGCGGUCGCGAGGAAGUGCGCAUGGUUCCGUUCUUCCUCGCCGUGUACGUCCUCGUCACCAACAUCCUGCUCGUCAACCUCCUGAUUGCCAUGUUCAACGACACGUACAUCAAGGUGCAGGACAGGGCCGAGCACUUGUGGUGCGAGCAGAACUACGAGCUGUUCCUGGAAUACAAGGAGCGCCCUUUCCUGCCUGCGCCCCUCAUUCUCAUCACGCACGCGAUGCUGCUGUUCUCCUACUGCUUCCGCCGCUGCUGCAACAGCCACGACGACGACGAUGACGAGUCGAAGCAGCAGAAGAAGGAGCACAAACUCGCCAUCACCAAGUUUGAGGAGUUCAACACGGAAAAGUUUCUUCGGGAAUCGGAACAGGAGAAGAGCGAGCGCCUGGAGAACCGCGUUGCCGCCACGUUUCAGAACGUUCAUGGCGUCAUGUCACGGAUGGACCAGCUGCUGGAGCACAUGGUGUCGUUCCGCUCCAGCCUGGACCGUCAGAUUGUCACGCUCAAGCAGGAGAUCCACGACGAAAGCGGGCUGGCGAUGGCGGGUAUGGAUGACGGAACCGGCCGUCUCCGCUCGAUGACGGGAACCAGUACGCACGGACCCAUCCGCCGUCGCACAUCCUCCAUGAGUGCCGUCGUUGGAAAGAAGCCCAAGCUGUUCUACCUGCCACCAGAAGAGUACUCAGGAUCGAACGGUGUGAAGCGCUUCGUCUUUGACGCGUCACAGGUCCCCUGGGACGUGGAGUGCCCCAUCUACAAGCCCGUCGAGUACACGCACCCGUCUGUGGCGGCGCAGCCCGUGUGGGCGGACCCUGCCGACCCGCGCAAGAUCAAGUUCAAUGUGAAGGACGAGGUGAACGGCAAGGUGGUUGAUCGCACGUCGUGCCACCCAAGCGGCAUCAGCAUCGACAGCAACACCGGUCGCCCCAUCAACCCGUGGGGACGCACGGGCAUGACAGGCCGCGGCCUGCUGGGCAAGUGGGGCGUGAACCAGGCAGCGGACACGGUGGUGACGCGGUGGAAGCGAUCAUCAGACGGCAGCAUCCUGGAGCGCGACGGCAAGAAGGUGCUGGAGUUUGUGGCCAUUCAGCGCAUGGACAACAAGAUGUGGGCCAUCCCAGGUGGCUUUGUCGACAACGGGGAGGACCGUGCGACGGCAAGCGGGCGCGAGUUCAUGGAGGAGGCCCUCGGCACCAAAGACAAGCGUGGUGCGCUGAGCAAGGACGAGGAGGAGUCUGUGGCUUCCCUCUUUGCCGAUGGUGCCGUGGUUGGCCGCAUCUACAGCGAGGAUCCGCGCAACACGGACAACGCGUGGGUGGAGACGACGUGCGUCAACUUCCACGAUGAGAGCGGGCGCCACGCCGCAAGGCUCAAGCUCCAGGGCGGCGACGAUGCCGAGCACGCGCGCUGGAUGAUGGUGCACGGCGGCCUUAACCUGUUCGCCUCACACCGCACCCUCCUGCGCAUGGUUGCCAGCUACCACACCGCCUACUACUGAGUUGUCACUGUCUGCUUGUGUGUGUGUGUGUGUGUGUUUGUUUGUGUAAAUGUGCGCUUGUGUGUGUGUGUGCGUCUAUUUGUCUGUCUGUCUGCAUUGUUUUGUGUCUGUUCACGCUUGUGUGUGUGUGUGUGUGUGUGUGUGCUCUGUGUCUGUGUGUGUGUAUUGGUUUGAGUGGCCAUCUUUCUUCCGUCGCUCCUUUUCCUUCUGUUUCUUGUUUUGCUUUGCUUUCUGCCUGCAGGCACUUCUGCGGAUGUUCUGUUGGAACCAUUCAUUACACACUUUCCGU